AUGCAGGCCGGGCCCCCUGAGUCCCGCGUCUCCCGCUGGCUGCGGCGUGGCACCGGCCUCCUGGCGCACCUGGUGGCGCUGGGCCUCACCCUCUUCCUGCUGCUGCUCUCUCGGCCCGGCACCAGUCUGUUUUCUUGGCACCCUGUCUUCAUGUCUAUAGCGUUCUGCCUCUGCCUACCCGAAGCCAUCCUGCUCUUCUCGCCCGAGAACUCGCCGUUCUGCCUUUGCUCCCGCCAGGUGAAAGUGUGGCUGCACUGGACUGCGCAGACGCUAGUGGUUGUGGCUGCCACGCUGGGCCUGGCCUUCAUCAUCUCCAGCAAGAAUCGGAGCGAGCUCCCGCACUUGGUUUCCUGGCACAGCCUCCUGGGCGUCCUGACUCUGGCUGCCACCUGCGGGCAGGCUCUGUGCGGGCUUAGCCUGCGCUUCCCCCAGCUGCUGAGGAUCUCCUCUGUGGCACGGCUGAGGCUGUACCAUGUCACAUGUGGCCUGGUUGUGUGUCUGCUGGCCACCUUCACUGUAGUCCUCGGGAUUUGCUCUGACUGGUUCCAGGCACAGAUCAAAGGGGUAGCUUGGUAUUUCUGCCUGGCACUGCCCUUCUACCCUGCCCUGGUGAUCAUGAACCAGACCACGGGUGUUCACCUACCGAAGAAAAGGGUGUGUGUCUGAA